AUGGUACACCUUAGUAUGAUUGCACUGGAGGUCAUGCAGAUAACUGAGCUACAUGGGCGUUCUUAUAACAAGGCCAUGGGAAUCUCGGGAUUCUGGACUAUUGAGAAUCCAGACACCUUACAACUGUGCUCUUCAAUUAACAGUAUUAUACAGGUCGAUCAGAAUGUUAGAAAAGGGGAUAUUCGAAUAAAAAGAAAUGACAUACAAUACAACAUAUCAAGAAGGAUGCACUCAGAAUGGCACCUUCACAAUGAUGUGACCUCAAGAAACAUCUUCACAAUAAUCGAGGCAAGAGAACAUCUUCAAAAGGACGAAACAAGAAAACAUCCUGAACAUACCAGGAGAAGAAAGCAUCUUGAUAGAGAAAAUCACACACCAAAGGACAUCUUCAGAAUGCCGCGAAGAAGGUAUAUGAUCGUAAAAAAAAUAACACACAGAAAAAUAUCUUCACGAUGCCGCGAGAAAAGUACAUCAGCGUAG